AUGAUUUGGACCGCUGCUCGGGAUUUCUGCAGACAAAACCACACGGACCUGGUCAGUUUAAGGAAUGAUGCAGAAUACCAGACAGUCCAGGCGAUAAUUAAUGGAGAAACUGUGUAUAUCGGGCUUUUCUACGAUCCCUGGGUGUGGUCAGACCUGUCAGACUCCUCAUUUAGGUUCUGGAGACCAAGCCAAGCAGUUUCUGCUGUAGGUACUCAAAACUGUGUCGCCAUGCUGAAAGUGGAAUCGGGUAAAUGGGGAGACAGGAGUUGUGCGGAAACUCAUCCGUUCCUCUGCAAGUGCAGUGAGUAAAGAUUUUAACCAGUAAAUGUUAAACAUGAGAAGAGAGUCUUUAUUUAGGUUUCAUUUUGGUUCCUAGAUCAAACUCAGCUACAUUAUAUCAAACUGAGGAUCAGCCCACUGGACUCAACAUUGGAUCUAAAUGACCCAGAAGUGCAAAACAGCAUCCUGGAGCAGGUGAGUCCUAACGAUUUGUUUUUUGCAAAUGUAAAA